UAUAAAUACGAUCUGAAAAGAGCAAGCUUCGCUUUUAUUAUUUCAAAAUUUAUAACCAUGAUCGUAGGUCUUCUUUUCGCCAUUUUUGGCGUUUCCUGCACUUUGGCUUCGGCGUGCUCUGACGUAGAAGCAAUGAAACAAUGCAUGCCUUUGGGAGAAUCCGCCUGGUACAAAGACCAGUGGCCACACAAUGCCCAUGAACUAGAUCUGUCAUGUCGCAAUGUACAAAAGGAACUUGGAUGUGAAAUUGAGUUUGGAAAACGCUGCCCAAACAGCAUCUUUGGACAGUCUCUUCAAGGAUUGAAGCAACUUGAAGGAGUAUAUGCCGAUUUGUGCGGCAAUUCUCAUCACUUCAGGAAACAAUUCUUGGACCAUGUGCCUUGUUUGAACAGCGUAAUUCAAGACUUAAGUUCUACUUGCAGAACCAACAAUGAGAUCAACGACUGCAACACCAGUGUGCAAUUCUACAGGAACUGCGUCUCCGAGGGAGUCCAUAAAUUGUGUGGUGUUGAAACUCAACACGUGUUUGACCUAUUAAUAGAACCACUGUUGCCUAUUUACGCAACUCAAUGUAAGAGUGUUUAGGCAAUAAAUAUCAUGGUUUUUAUCUUAA